AGAAGGAACAAUGAACAUGAUUCGCUUGCCAGUGCGAGGGUGAUCGUCAGCAAGGCCAUCGGUGAUGGUUUUGAUUCGAAAGCCAAGGUAACGGGCGAAUCGGGACUCAACAUUGCCGUGCUUGAUGAUGUGAUUGUAGCUAAAAUCGAGGGUGAGAGAGGAGAGAAAGACAAAGAGAAAAAUGAUGGAAACAUUCUUCUUUGCGGUUAUUCUUUCAAUUUUACUGUUGGUACUGCCUCAAUCAAACAAAUCUCAGAAAAAACCAAGAGUUUUUUCAUUUUUAAUUUUUAA